GGAUGAGGAGGCCUAGGCCCCAUCCACCCCUCUGCUUCAUCCACCCUCGCCCUCUCCUCGGAGCAGGUGAGUAGUGCAGGAGGGGGACAGGAGAGGACACAAGUGUUCCGCAUCUCACAGGCCAUGCCUCGAUCCUUUCUGGUGAGGAGCUGCCGGCCCCAGCCUCGAGACUGGGGCCACAUCACUGACCAGCACCGUGGAGAUGCCUAUAUCCCAGACUGCAACCUGGACAAAGGGCUGGCUGAUCAAGGAGGCCCCAAUGUGAGGUCCCCAGGUAGAGAAACCUCCUCAAGUAGCCCAUCCUGCCUGCCCCCCAACAGUGGGGAGUCUCAAGCGCUGAUGAGCACCUCCAGCUCAUUAGACAACUCCCCCAAUGUGUGCUGGUGGGGGAGAGGACUUGGCUCUCAGGGCCUAGCCCAAGAGGUACUCAAAGCUGAGCAGAUUCCUGCAGUAGGGCAGGCUCCUGGUGGGUUGAGCUGCCCUCUCUGCCCUAAAGUUUUCCCACUUCAGCGCAUGCUAACCCGCCAUCUCAAAUGCCAUAACCCUGCCCGGCGACAUGUGUGCAGCUGCUGUACCAAAGGUUUUCAUGAUGCUUUUGACCUCAAGCGACACAUGCGGACCCACACUGGAAUCCGGCCAUUCCGCUGUGCAGCCUGUGGCAAAGCCUUCACCCAGCGGUGUUCCCUUGAGUCCCACCUGGGGAAAAUCCACGGGCAGCCACCCCGCUAUGGCUACAGAGAGCGCCGAGAGAAACUCCAUGUUUGUGAAGACUGUGGGUAUACAAGUGCUCGCACCGAGGACUACACUCAGCACCGGGCUCUGCACCCAGGCCAACCCUCAUCCUUGGGGGUUCCCUACACCUGAGGGAUGAUCACCCCUUCCUCCCCAUCUCCCAGUUCAAAGAGCAGUCAGGAUCCCAAAAGAUAAAAAUAAAAUCCUUUAUCAAGAAAUCAUG